AUGGAGUAUGUGAGCCAUUUCAGUCAGAGAAUGGUUGUUCAUUCUAAGGAUGAAACCUUGAUGUGCAAGGUGUUCCCAUCCAGUUUGGGACCUGUGGUGAUGAGAUGGUUCGAUGGCCUAAGGUCCAAUUCCAUAAGUUCCUUUAAGGAGCUCACCUGUGCCUUUAGCUCUCGUUUUAUCACGUGCAGUAGGGUACCUCGGCCCUUGGACUCACUACUAUCCAUAUCCAUGCGAGAGGGAGAGACCUUGAAAAUGUAUUUGGAUAGAUACUGCGAUAUGUACAAUGAGAUAGAUGGUGACUUUGAUGACGUCGCCAUCAGUACCCUCAAGGCCGGCCUCCCAACCGAGCACGAUUUAAGGAAGUCUUUAACUGGCAAACCUGUCACCAACCGGUACAACAAUAAUAACCGACCUCGGAGAGACUUUGCUGGGCAGUUAGGGCCUGCUAAUACUCAGGCAGUUAAUGCGGUGUUCCGAGAAUCGGUGCAUCAGGACCAGGGACACACCACAGAGGACUGUAGAAAUUUAUGGGACCAUUUAGACCAAUUGGUCCAAGAAGGAAAGUUAAAGCAGCUUUUACACCAUUCUAGUGGCCAGAUGGGCCACACAGGCUUGGAUCCUCGGAGAGAUGCUUCUUCAAGACCUCCUUUGAGAACGAUUAAUGUCAUUUUUACUACUCCCGAGAGGACCGGUUAUUGUCCCUCCAGAGUGAUGUCUGUGGCUCGGCUAUCCGUCGAGGAUGAUAAUCUAGAGCUGAUGAGGGCUAUAAUGGAUAUUCAACCGACAAUAAGUUUUUCAGAUGAAGAUAAGAUUGGGACCAUACAGCCCCAUAAUGAUGCUAUGGUGGUCACGCUCAAGAUUGGUGGGUUUGACGUGAAGAGGGUAAUGGUGGAUCAAGGUUGUGGUGCCAAAAUUAUGUACCCUAACCUAUAUAAGGGGUUGAGUUUGAGACCCGAGGACUUGACGACCAACAAUUCUCCUUUGGUAAGUUUUGAUGGGAAGGUAGUCAUUCUAAGGGGUAUGAUAAGACUACCUGUGCAAGUUGGUUCAGAAGUGGUGGAGGUAAAUUUCAUCGUGAUGGACGCCUAUUCCCCCUACACGGCCAUUGUGGCUAGACUUCAACUUCAUGCCCUAGAGGCCAUCUCUUCCACUCUGCACCAAAAGAUGAAAUUUUCGUCAGGGGGUCGCAUUGAAGAAAUUGUGGGGAGUCAAUCCACAGCCAGGGUCUACUUAUCAAAGGAUGAUAAGAGAAUGUUUGAACCACAGUUGGGCAAGAGUAUUGAGAUGUGUAUAGACGACAUGGUGGUGAAGAGCAAGGUGGUGUCUGAGCAUAUGGGAGACCUCGAAAACAUCUUUGAAAUUUUGAGGAAUCAUAAGUUGUGCCUAAACGCUUCCAAGUGCUCAUUUGGUGUAGGAUCGGGCAAGUUCUUGGGCUACAUGGUGGAUGAGGUCCUGUUUGCCUAUAUCACUGUGGCCCCUCAUGCUGUAAGUUUGGUAGUGAUACAAGUUAACAGUGGCAUACAACGGUCAGUUUACUAUGUGAGUAAGUCACUAGAUGAGGCCAAGGUUUGUUAUCUACCAUUGGAGAAAGCCAUCUUGGCGGUGGUGCAUGGUACACGAAAGCUUCCCCAUUACUUCCAAGCACACACAGUUGUUGUCCUGACUCAACGUCCACUCAGAGCUAUACUUCGAAGUGCUGAUUACACAAGGAGGAUUGCUAAAUAA